UGUGGACCAAUCCUCACUUACGACCGAGCAACAACAAAACUUCCAUUUCGUUCGUUCCGGAAUUCCAUCCUUGCGAUUCCGAGAAAAUCCGUUGGGGCUCUGCAUCAGCUGCUGCGCUCGAUAACAAAUUAAGCUUUUCAGGCAUCGGCAACGAACGAACAGGAAGUUUAAUUUGAAGAAGCAAGAGAAAAACACUUAACCAUGGCAUCCUCGGCGCCGUUAGUGAUGAGAGUAGUGGGCAGCUCGAUAAAGAUUGCACAGCGUGCCGGAAAGAUUAUUCGUGAUGUAAUGUGCCGCGGUGAUCUCGCUAUCGUUGAAAAAGGCAAAGACGAUCUGCAGACCGAAGCCGAUCGAUCAGCCCAGCGGUGUAUCGUUGCAAGUCUGUCCAAGUUGUUUCCCAACGUUACCAUCAUCGGCGAGGAAGGACAGAGUGAUUUGAAUGUACCUGAUGACUGGUUAAUCACUGAGCCGAACGUAGAAUUUACGGAAAAACACGAUUGUCCCGGACCACUGGCAGACUUGAAGGAGUCCGAAAUAGUCAUAUGGGUCGAUCCGCUGGAUGGAACGAGCGAAUACACACAAGGAUUCCUGGAGCGCGUCACCGUAUUAAUCGGAAUAGCCGUCAAUGAGCGCGCUGUUGGUGGCGUGAUUCACCAACCUUACUACAAAACCGACACCGGUGAACUGGGCCGUACCAUCUGGGGUCUGAAGGGCGGUGGCAGCGGCGGCAUGGUUCCGGUGCCGCCGCCAGCUGAUCGAUUUCUUGUAACAACGACUCGCUCACAUUCCAAUACCAUCGUCCAGUCGGCACUGGACGCGCUCGAAGCGGACGAUGUGCUACGGGUCGGUGGAGCUGGCUACAAGGUGCUCCAGUUGUUGGAAGGUAAAGCGCACGCAUACGUUUUUGCUAGCGCCGGCUGCAAGAAAUGGGACACUUGUGGACCUGAGGCUGUCUUAGAGGCUAAUGGCGGUACACUCACUGAUAUGCUUGGCAGACAUUACCGCUACGGCAAAGACGCCAGUUUCCCCAACAGUGCUGGUGUGCUAGGCACCGUGGCCGGCAUCUCGCAUGAAACCAUUCUUUCCAAAAUUCCCGAAACAGUCAAACUGGCUAUGAAUAAAAUGUAGGUACCGUGUCCAUGUA